AUGUCUGCAAGGCGGCAGCUGGAGAACGGGCACGUGUCGUGGCUCGUGGAGAGCAGCUCCGACCCACCGGACUGGCUGCGCCUGAGCCCUGCUUCCAUGGUGACGUGGCGGCGCCCCGACGGCGGCCGCACCAGGCUGUACAAGCUGCCCACUGACGGCCGGCUCCUUACGCGGCCCGGCGACCUGCAGCCUGUGCGCGACUUCCAGGGGGUCACUCUCACCGCAGCUGUCGUGGUGCGUACCAUUCCUCAGACAGAGUUCCUCAAGUCGUAUCUGGCGUUCCGCCACCCGACCAGCCAGGGCCUGCGCAGCUCGCUGUUCGCGCCCUUCUGCAGCAGCGUGUGGGUGGCCAGCGGUGCCGUCUGGCUUCUUAUCAUGAGCUCUCUGCGGCUCAUCACGUGGAUCGGCUCUCGCCAGGCGGGCAGCAUCGUGCAGGCUGAGAGCUCCUGGGGCGCCGUCGUCGUCUUCGCCGCCUGCGCUAUUGGAUUGCAAGGCACAACGGAGCGGUCGCAGUGGUUGUCUUGGCGCGUGGUACUGCUGUUCACGUUCCUGCUGUCGCUGAUGCUCAACACGUACUACGGCGCCGCCGUCGUGGGGUCGCUGCUCGUACCGCCGCCCAAGACAAUCCGUACCCUGCGACACCUUAUAGACAGCCCCAUACAGGUCGGCAUUGAGGACAUCGGCUACAAUCGCGACUACCUUGAGAAAUCUACAGAUCCAGUUGUGCGCGAGCUGUUCGUACGCAAGGUGUUCCCGCCGACAGCGAAACGGCCAGCCUACUACCCGAUCGAUGUGGGCGUGGAGCGGAUGCGCACGUCGCUCUUCGCAUUCCAGGCGGAGGCGGUAACGAUGUACCCGCUCAUCCUGCGCACGUUCAGCGAACGCGGGAAAUGCGCGCUCUCAGAGAUCAUCCUGGUGCCCCACGGCAUGACCUAUCUUGCCGUCCCCAAGGGCUCGCCGCUGCGGGAGCACAUGUCGUACGGGCUACGCAAAGUGUGGGAGAGUGGGCUGCUGAACUACCAGGAGCGCAUCUGGCACCCGCCGCGGCCGCCCUGUCUACAGGCGGGAGAGGCGGAGAGCAUCCGCAUCAUGUCCGUGGCACCGGCAUUCCUCAUAGCCAUUGCAGGCAUCCCACUCGCCUGCCUCAUCACCUGCAUCGAGCAACUCAGAGCUCUACGGGAGCGGCGUGAAAAACACUUGCCAGUAAAAGGACAUCGACAGAAAAGAGCACAAAGGAGACGAAAAAGGUUGCCGCGUUUGCCCACUCAUAUCCCUAAGCGCUUGUACUAGUAGCAUGAUGAUGAUAGUAGAGUACAGCGAAAACAUGGACAUUAAUGCUGUCAGAAGCUCACUGAUGCCACUUUCCUCCACUUUUUUAUUUCACUCCGUGGGGAACGCGUGCAAUUCACGUUUCUGCGUCUCAUCUCAGCUAAUCUCUAUAGUACCGAACAGAUGUGGCUAUUAAGCACAACCUUCACUGCGCUGAAAUCUCCAUCUUCCAUUGCACUGUAUCUUCAGCUAACUCUCUGGCGUCUUGUUUGCACAUGAAUCAUGUUUUGCGUAAAAUAUAGGGCAGUAGAAAACAAUUAGCAUUCCUUUACUGUUGUUUAUAAUGAAGGUGGCUUAAUACAUUUCACAUUUUCCAUUAUGCAAAUGGUAAUUCUUAUGACUGUAUCUGACGAAUCUGAUGAAUAAGUCUCCUUCAGACAUAAAUUAUUUUGUUAAUGUUUUUUAUAUGUGCUAUGAAAAUACACUUAAGCUGUUAAAUUUUGCGUGUGAAUGUGAAACCUACCACAAAAAUUAUCAGCACCAAUGAAACGACUCUUACUACGAUAAUUUACUAACACAUUUUACUGUUCUCGAUUCGAACAACGCUUACAUUAGUAAAUACAUACAUUGUUUCAAAGUUAAUGAUUACCACAGAUAGUAAAAAUAUGCGAGAUGUGCAAAUAAACAUCUGCCACAAAGAUUUUUCUUCACUGUCCUUGUAGAGGCCAUACAUUUUGUCAACUAUUUAAAAAGAUAUUUGGUUUCGUAAUUUCCUUUAAUCUCGUUUCUUGUUGUUCCAAAAUAUAUCUGAAGAACUGUGAAAAACGUGAUUACUCAGUUCAGAUUCUUGAUGAAGAGUGUUUUAGGCAGUGGAAGAAAAUUUCCAGUUCUGCCAAGAGCUGAAGGUUAUUUCUUUUGCUCCUGUGGCAAAACUAAUAGAUUGUUGAAUGUCAUUUGCUGUAUGUUCAAAUGUGUACUUAUCAUUAGUUACUCGCAGUAUUUCAAAACUGUUCUCGGUAAAUACAUCCAAGUACUCUUUGAAUAGGGCAUUGCGGCUUCUGUGUACCUGACUGUGAUAAUAAGCAUGACAGCUUUUUGAACAUAAUUUAUGUAUUUAACUACUUUCUUUUUUGUCCUUGUGUGAAUUUGUGUUGAGUUAUUCAUUGUGUUAGCUUGUUGUUUGUACAAAAAUAAAUUUAGACCUUACAUUUCUUGAUAGCAGACUAUCUUUUGGAAUCAUUUCUGAGAUAACGAUUUGCUCUCAUACUUUUUGUGGAGCAAUCUUCGUUUCUCUACUAAUUUUGAGUUGGUUCAUGCUUCUUUUUACAUAGGUUAUAAGUAGUUUUUUCUUUAUAUUCAUCUUUUCUUUGCUAUUCGUCAUUGUUUUCAAUUCUAACUGGAGGUUGACCUCAGUAAAGGAUAAUAUUUACAUUAUCUGUUGAUGUAAAGAUGGCAUAUUUGUAUCUUGUGUGGUUGUGAGAUGUGUUGUAUAUACUGAUAUUAGUGUAGGUUUGGAAUCUAUGUAUAUGUGCUAAUACUAAGAAACGAUAUGGAGGUUUUUUCUUCACAUUCAACAGUGAACUUCAUAAUUCUGUGAAACAUGUUAAUCUGUUCAAUUUCCUCCGUAACACAUAACUGGAGUUUCAUCAAUGAUUUCUUAUAACACUGAUAGAAAGAUAACUGUUCCAAUGAAAAAUGUAUUUGCUUAAUAAUUUAGGAAGACAUGUGCAUGAAAUUAGAUCAUUACUGCUCAUAGGUAGUCUCUCCUUCCCCAUAUAAAGAGUAUGAACAGUAUAGUUUAUUUGAAAACAUAUCUUCUAGUGCAUACAUUUUUAUUAAAAUUGGAGAUUCAAAUUUUGUAAUUUGCAAUAUCUCUAUGAGGUCUCUUAUUCUAUACACAAUUUUAAUUAAAAUAAAAGAAAUGCAGGUACCAUCGACUUACAUUCGUUUGUAUGAUGAACAUACAUGGUCUUCAUCCAAAGAAAAAAACCAUAACAAUUGAAAAAUAUUGUUUUUGUGUUUAUUCUGUUAUUUGUGACAUAUAGCAAAAUAAAUAACGUAAAAUGAUCCAUAGGUUUCACUGAAAUUCUACCAAUAGUUUUUCUUUCUCUGUUCAAAAAUUUUAGCAUUGAACCCUCUGUCAUAUGGCUGAACAAUGGAUAUUUGCAAAUGGUAAAUGUAUGUAUCUGAACUAGCCACUAAAUGAAGAAGGUAAAGAUAAAGUGCCGCUAAAGUUACAUAGAUUCAUCAACUUACAUUAUAAAUCAUGAAAUGUAUUUCUGUCUAAAGAAUUACAUAUAGCGUCUCACAUUAGUUACAUACUUGUCUUCACUGUGCUAAUUUCAUUCAGAAAAUAAAAUCUUUGUCAAUUUUAUAGCAGUCACAGAUAUAAGUUUUGAAAAAUGAAUGCUAUCCAUUAGAUUAAGUAAUUUUAUUUAAUGUUGUCAGAAAAUUCCUGUGUCACAGGCAGAGUGGUGAGCAUAUGUAUAAAAGAAAUAAUGCCAUUGCUACAUCCUGCUAUGAGAGUAAAUAUUUGAAGACCAUAUCUCUGAGAUGCUUUGCUCAUUCAUAUGGAAUAUGAAGCGGUAGUCUAUAGACAGAAGAGUAUGGAUAUUCAUAAGUGCUAAUUAUGAACUUGUAAGGCAUGUUGCAGUAAUUAGAAACUUCAAGAAACAUGACAUUCAUAGGCCUUAAAAUUUAUCUAGUUGCCAUGAGGAGAGGUCACUUCCCAUUAAUGUGUAAAGUAACAUAAAUAUACACUAUUCAAAAACGUUUUUACAUUCAGAACUCACAAAGGAAAGGUUAAUAACAUAUUCUGUGGUCACAUAGCAAUGACAUACUAUAGAUUAUGUAAAAUGUUUCCUUACUUCUGUAGACCUAACAUGAACAGGUCCUUGAAGCUGUGGAAUUCAUUCUGUUCAUUCUUGGUGGACUGUUGUGGAAGAAAUAAUCAAAAUUAAAACUAUUUUUUCAUCUGUAGACUAACACAUUAGUCAUUAUAGACAUGUAAAUAUACUUAUUUUAAAGUGAAAAAUAGUUCUUAAUUAGUGUAGACAAAUAACCAAUGAAAAUGAGUUUUGUAAUGUUAAAUUAUAGUGAUCACAUUACACCCCUUAAAGUGAACAGAAUUUUAAUAUUACAUUCAACUCAUAUAUUUUAAUAUUAUCACUGUUAUUUUCAUAAACUAGUUGUGAUGAUAAACGCAUUGAUGAAGUAGAAGAAUUUGGUCACCAAUAACGCCUGUAGGCACCUAACAGAAUGUGCUUUCUAGUAACAUAAGUUUUAUGAUUGUUUUUCACAUCGUUUAUAAUGGUUGUUUGUGAAUAAUAAACACUUUAUUAUGACAACAUAA